GCCACAUCACUUGUAUUUUGCGUUGUGGACUGGUAACUCUUUCAAAGUUUUCAAGUUACAGCUCUACUUAUUCUAGCUUGUUCGUUUCAUCCGCCUCACCUUACAUCGAACCCGACAGACAUCAACCAUGAAGGUACUUGUGGCCGUGAAGCGAGUCGUCGAUUAUGCUGUGAAGAUCAGAGUAAAACCCGACAAGAGCGGAGUAGAGACGCAGAAUGUUAAGAUGUCAAUGAACCCAUUUUGUGAGAUUGCUUUGGAAGAGGCUCUCCGGAUCAAGGAGGCGGGAUUGGCAUCCGAGGUUGUCGCUGUGAGUAUGGGUUCGGCGCAGUGUGUUGAUACGCUGCGAACCGGUCUAGCCAUGGGCGCUGAUAGAGGGAUUCACGUGGAAGCUACAGGAGCUUUGUAUCCGCUUACUGUGGCUAAGGUUUUGAAAGCGCUUGUGGAAGUGGAGAAACCCCGGCUGAUUAUUAUGGGGAAACAGGCCAUUGACGAUGAUUGCAAUCAAACAGGGCAAAUGGUGGCAGGGUUGCUAGGUUGGCCUCAGGGGACAUUUGCUUCUAAGGUUUUGCUUGACAGGGAGAAACAACUAGCAACUGUAGAAAGAGAAGUGGAUGGUGGUCUUGAGACUUUGUGUUUAGACUUGCCUGCAGUAAUCACCACUGAUUUGAGACUGAACCAACCAAGGUAUGCAACACUGCCAAACAUCAUGAAGGCAAAAUCCAAGGUCAUCAAAAAGUACACACCACAGGAGUUGAAUGUGGAAAUUAAAUCUGAUUUAGAGGUCAUUGAAGUCACGGAACCUCCCAAGAGAAAAGCUGGGGUUAUUGUUUCUUCGGUGGAUGAAUUGAUUGACAAACUUAAAAAUGAGGCUCAUGUCAUUUGAUUAUUCAGUAGUUUGACUAAUUUCUCAUUGAAAUGGUAUGUGCUAAUUCUUCAAGGUUUCCAAACAGUAAAUAACCGUAUAUAUGCUUCCAGCUGAAUAAGAAUAAUUUAUUUCGAGGCAAAGCUGAAUAAAUUGAAAUUAGUUGAA